AUGAUGGAUCAUCGACUUGACGAAGAAGCGGAUGCUGUUAGAGAAUCGACUCAAUUUGCACCGACACAGCAUAACAUAUCGGUUUCACCCGACACGACAGCGACCUAUAUGCGCCACGUCGCCGCACAACAAGACCAGAUGCCAGAACCUCAAGCCAAGGUCAGGGACAACUGGGGCGAGCUGUUUACUCUCGCGGAGAAGGAUGAUAUCGCCCAAUGCGACGUAUGGCGGGACGAAGUCAACAACAUUCUGAUCUUCGCGGCCUUGUUCUCUGGCGUCGUUACGUCAUUCCUGCUCGAAGCCUACCGGAGGUUGGAACCUGACCAGAACCAGAUCGUGGUCGCCCUCCUUACUAGGCUUGUUCUACAAUCCGGAAGUCCGCCGGACGUAACCCUCCCAUCUCCCAUCCAAUCGAGCCCUUUCAAACCAACUUCUCCUUCUGUUCGUGUUAGUAUUUUCUGGACGAUCAGCGUUGUCCUCGCUCUAGGUGCAUCUCUCAUCGGCAUCGUCUCCCUCCAAUGGCUCCGAGAACAUCGCGCGUAUCCGGAAGAGUGGUCGAUGGAGGAGAAAUUCACAGCCUUACAGAUGAGGACCCGAAUGCUGAAGGAGUGGCGCAUCUCGGCCGUCUUCGUCUCCCUUCCCUUCAUCAUCAUGCUCGCCCUCAUGCUCUUCUUCUUGGGGCUCGUCGACUUCUUGAUCUCUCUGGAGAUCGCCAGCGUCACCAUCUCAACCAUCGUUUUCAUCGCGCCAUUCAUCCUCUUUCUCAUCUUUACCACCAUCGUACCGACUUUCCCGACGCUCACAUACGGAUCGCAAACGGAUCCGUCAAGAACGAAAGUUCCCGUUCCGAGUCCGUUCAAGUCACCUCAAGCCAAAAUAUUCCGCUUAGCGUUCCACUUCAUCGUCGGUCUUUACGCUUCUCCCAUCGCGAUCGCUUCGAGGAUCCAAUCCGCGUUUGUUAUGAUCGUAAACUCUCAGCCUAUGGCCCUCCCUGACUUGUUGAAGCACCUUCGGGCAGCGUCGGAAUGGCCACAUGUGGACAGCAAGUGGCUUCAAAUCCGCCGAAUCUGUUCAUUUUACAAUAUUGUCAAAGACGGUGCCAAACCUAAUGCCUUUCGGUCGCUACCCGAAAGGUUCCCCGGUGAUUAUCACUUUGGACCGAUUCAAGAUCAGCUCGAUGGUCUUAUGGACAUUUCCGACCGUGAGUCAUCUCAGGAAGAGACGCAUGAAUUGGUCUUUCAAUGCUUCCAACGAUCGAUCCCCUUGAAGGACCCAUACUCAAACGACCCCGAAUUCAAGCAGUAUUUGGAAGGUGUUCUUGGGAUACUGGAAACUCGAAAGCGCUCGUAUCCUCCGUUCCGCGCGCUUGUUUCAUCACACCGCCCUGAAAGUGGUGCUUUGUAUGACAUGAUUCUCCUUCAAUUCGCAAAUCAUAUCCAACUUCCUUUCAAGACUUCUGCCAGCAGAGAGCCAUUGACACAGUGGUUUCUGCGGCUUUGUGACCCCACGAACUACGGGCUUUUUGAACAGCGAACUACGGCGAGCAUAGUUGUAGGUGCCGGAAUAAGGUUUACACACGACGAAUACCCAAUACAACCAUCAGACGCUGUGCCAGAGGCUCAACCAUUAGUGCCAUUGGACUUCAAAUUGCCAGGCCAGUUUCCGUCACCACCACCGCCACCUCCGCCACAGUCCGACGAGUGUUUCCGACAUUUCGUGUCAACGAUGAGGAUGGGCCUGACUCUCAGCUCGUCCCUGCAAGUCCUACUUCAGGAGGAGGAAUCUCUGACGACCCUCGUAAAGAAUUUCAUCAGGGAAGAGAAAAUGUUCGACCAGGCUGUUCAGCUCAUAAUCCUCCUACGCAUGGUGUUGAAAGCGUUCGUCGAUAGCGAGCGAUACAAUUUGCUGCCUCUUGGUGCGGUCUUGCGGUGGUCUGUGUUUGCUUCUUCUCUCUGUCGAGGGAUGCUCGUCUUGCCCAGCGAGGGAGAAGAAAAGGCAAAGUUCCUCGAGGACGUUAUUCAAGAUCGCCGCUGGAGCAUCGCUCGCCUGCAGGACUGGUAUCAAACCGCUGAUUUGGUCAAGUCAGUGUACAGAGAUAUAAUUUCCCCUGAGCCACCUGGUUCCUGGAAGUUUGAACUGAAAGAAAUUGUCGCAAUCUGUGACACAACGGAGGGAGAGUUCAAAAAGAGACUUGAAAAGACUAGGGAAUACCUUGUUGAGGGGCAGAAGAUCGUGCAACAAAAACUAGUCCGUCUGAAUCUGAUGAACGAGAAGAGAAGAUUGCAGAACGAGGCAUAUGGGAACGAAUGCGAGUUUCUCUCCCAUCCCUCCGGUUGA